GCCCGAGAAGCUAAUUUUAAAAAGAAUCUGUCGAUGUAAAUGCACUGUCAAUUGCUGGUACCAUUUUAUGUGGGGUUUUGGAACCAUUUCCAUUGAGCGGUAUCGAUUUAUUUAGAGUGUGUUUUAUUUGACCAAUGUCGAACUCGUCUGCCGCGCCGCGCCGCGCCGCGCCUGUCCGUAUCAUCACCAUGAUCAUGAUCACCCUGCUGGACUGAGGACAACUGAGCCUGCCUUGGAACAAGAUGCUUUCACGAUCAUCUUCCCAGAUUGAGGAUCGGUACCGCAUGCUUAGCGGGUAUUGCCCUGACUCGCAAUGCCAAACUAAGCUGUACUUCCCGUCCUUUGACUCCAGCAUUGAGUGCACAGGCUGCGGGCAGCGGCACGAGCGCGGUACCCUGCACAACGUCCAGGAGGUCACCGACCCCGAGGUGGCUCUCCACAACAUUGUGCGCAACCUGCUGGUGGGCAACGCUGCCCCUAAGCAGACAGCCGACUCGGUUAAGGUCCUGGGCCUGUCCAACUACCAUUGCAAGCUGCUCAGCCCGCUGUUGACCCGAUACGGCAUGGACAAGCAAGGGCGCGCCCAGCCCCUGUCCGCCCUCAGCCAGGGCGCCGAGGUCUUUGACUGCAGUCUGCUGGGCGGCCGGGCCUUCCUGCUGCAGCCCGAGCAUGUCGGGAUCAUGGGCUAUGGCCGGGACCAGACAGGCAGCGCCAAGUACCUGCGGGACACCCUUGAGUUCAUCACCCAGCUCAACGGUAACCAGGAGGUCCUUAUACCCAUCCACGCGGAUGGGGAUGGUCACUGCCUGGUGCACGGCAUCUCCCGCGCGCUCGUCGGUCGAGAACUCUUCUGGCACGCCCUGCGCACCAACCUGAAAUCACACUUCCUAUCCCACAUUGCUCAGUACAAGAACCACUUCAAGGAUUUCCUGACAGAGAGCAGCGAAUGGGCACAGAUCAUUACAGAGAGCGACCCCGAUUAUAUGCCAACAGAAACGGAAGCUUUCGGCUUGCAGAACAUUCACAUAUUUGGCCUGGCAAAUGUCCUACAUCGACCGAUUAUUCUCCUGGAUUCACUUCAGGGACUUCAGAGUUCUGGAGACUAUUCAGGAGUGUUUUUACCUGUGUUUGUCCCCCGCGAGGAGUGCUGUGGCAAAGAUGGAAUGCUCAACAAGCCAUUGUGUAUUGCAUGGAGCAGCUCCGGACGCAACCAUUUCAUUGCCCUGGUAGGGGUGAAAGGUCGCCCAUUGCCACGCCUACCCAGGGGGAUGCUAACCAAAGCCUGGGGGGCACCCCACGAGCUGAUCGACACCUACAUCGAGUUUGACAAGGACGACAUGUGUACGGUGGGCGGAGAUCGCUCCCUCCCGGACAAAUAUGUACAGAGACUUGCAGCCGCCAUGGAGGAGGUAUUUGUGGAGAAAUACAGCCUCCACCCGUCAGUGGUCGCGGAUGUGCAUCACUACAUCUACAAGCGCACUGGCGUGGUGGGCGUGCCCCAGAACAUCAUCAUCGAGAACACCCGGCACGCCCUGGAGCACCAGCAGCUGUUUCGUUGCCUGCUGUGCAGCGCGGUCUCGCAGAUCGAGAAGACCAGCGUGCCGUCGGGCUGGCUGGGGCGGGGCGGGGAGCUGUACGGGCUGGCCACCAAGCUGCACGGCCGACUGAUUGAGGGGAAGGUGUACACCUUUCCUCUCCACGAGCUGAAUUGCACCUACGAUGCUGUAAAAGACGAGCUGGUUCCGGAUCAGUCCACCAUGAGACCAUCCCAGUGUGCCUGGUGUCAGGGAAAGCAGUUGCGUCAGAUUCGAACAGACGGGAGUGUCGUCUAUUUCAAUGGCGACCGCACCACCACCCCAGCGCCCAAGACCAAGUGCAACUGUGGUUUCAAGCACUACUGGAACGGCAUCGAAUAUGACAACAACCCAUCAAUCUUCACCGUUCCCUUGAAGUGGAAGGGCCUGUCCUACCUGGAGGAAGUGCUGUGGUUCCAGGACGAAUCGGACCCAGCCCUGAACAGCAACGCCUAUGACAUUGCCUCGGCCCUGGUCCAGAAGCACUUCCCGGGGGAGUUUGGCAGUGAGAAGCUGGUCCAGCAGGUGGUGGAGACCAUCCUGCAGAACACUGCCGGACAAGAGGAGGAGUUCCAGCCAAUCAGCCUGAAGGACAUGCCAACCACGAGCACUGCCGACCAAUCAGCCGCCGGCUUUGCCCCCGCACAGGGGGGCGACACUCCCGAACUCAAGCGCGGUUUGAAAGGGGAUGCAGGGGGACACACUCCCAAGCACUCCCGACCCAAAGAUAAGGAUGGCCAUGCAGGAAGAUCGGCAUCCCCCGCGAGCGGACGUAGUUCACCUAGGGUGGGGUCCCCUGCAGAGAAGAAAGGAGGCAAGCUGGAUGAAUCGCCGUCCAAGAUAAUACUGACUGGACACGCUGCCAAGACCCUUCACAAAGAGGAGCUUACCAUGAGCGAAGCGGAGCGAAACCUUCGCAAACGCAUCCAGGAUAAGGCACCUGUCGUGCAGCACCAUCAUCCAUCACUGGAGGAGUCAGGAAAGCAGCCCUCUCCCAGCACGCCCCCAAGCGGCAGAGCACCCACACAGAGGGAAGAUGUCGUGCAAGGAAGCCCACAAGGUGGACCCAAGGAGGAGAUGGCCAAAGCAACCGACAUUGCCAUGGAGACAGUCGUCCAGGCAACCAAAGAGCCACCGAAGCAGAAGAGGAUCCGACUGACAUCAUCAGAUGGGAAGCAGGCUACACUGGUUCUCGACCCCAGCACGACAUUCGCCCAGCUGCAGGCCAAGAUCGAGGCCGAGUUCCACAUCGAAGCAGCCGACCAGAAGAUACGCUACGGCUUCCCCCCGAAAGAGCUGACUGUGCCCGCCGAGGGGGACCAGGAGGAUCAACCGGUGCCCCUGCAGAACGGGGACAGGGUGACGGUGGAAGUGAUAUCGAAGGUACAACCCAUGGAGGUAGGACCGUCAGAGCAUGGCCAGCAUUCCCUCAGCACCUUGCCAGGAUCUUCCACUCUCAUGGAGGGGGGAGGCAGAUCACUGAACCGGGAGGAAAUCAUGAGGGGCAUGGAGAAUUUGCAGCAAGACACAGGUGACACCCUCGACCUCCAGCUCUACUCGCUGAACCUGAUGGCCACCCUGAUGAACUUGGACAUGUGGGCUUACGUGCAGCAGAACGCCACGCUGUUUGAGAGGGGUGGUCUCUUCUACGCCAUCGUGGAGAGGGACUUGGGCCUGGCGGACGGUAAGCACUUCUUGCUGCCGUCAAUACCAAACAAGAAAUUCACUUACAAUGCCAUGGAGGACCGCAUUGAGAUUUGCCUGGAGCCCAUCGGACAUUUCCCCAUCAGGCCAGGGGUGGAUGAUUCAGACAGUCCAUCCACCAGUCGACCUUCUCCCAGUAGCACUGACCCGGAAGACAAGGACCGGUCGGAGUACAUCACGAGCGUGCGGAGCAAGCUGAAGGCCGGCGGGAGUGGGGUGGUCACCACGGGUGGCAAGCAGGUCGGAGGUUACAGGGCAUUCUCGGGCCACGCCCACACUCUGAGUUCGGGGGGACAGCGGUUGGACGGGGGCACCAGCAGCAGCAGCAGCAGCCAACAGCAGGAAGGAUGGGAGAUGCCACGGUGGACCCAGUACCAGAGGGAGUUCAAGAAGCUCUUGGAUCGGCAGGAACAGCAAGCACCCGAGGCACAGCUGUCUGGUAGUGGACAAUCAUCGGAGGCUGUUGAAAUGCCACAGGGGUCAUCUGUAGAGCAGCUAGGUGUCCUGGCCCAAGAGCCCAUGCUGUCAAAUCAGAGGGCAACGGAGGGGCAGAGAUUAAGACCCACAACUCAGGAAGGACUCAGAGAGGAAAUCAUGGACUCUUCCAUUUCAGAUUCCGGAGAGGGAAGGGCAGGAGCCACCGAUAUAUCACAUGGCACUGUAGACAUUGCAAGCGGCAAUCGUGAAACGGAACAGUCCAAAAGCAAAUCAGAGGAGGGCUCUACAGAGAGGGACAUUCCGAUGGAGGUCAGCAGAGAGGCGUCCGUGCAGCAACGCGCCCCCUUGUCAACCCUCCCCAUGGAAGUGGACUCAAAGAACGAUAAUCUCCAAAAUACUAUCACGGUUCAGUCCUCCCUGCCGGACGGCCGUGAGAGCAUCAGUGAUGACGCAGCACCAGCACCCACCCAAGAACAACGCCUCCCUGAAGGCGAACCAGUCCAAGCAACAAGUGAACCCAAGGACGAGGGCAUGCCAGUGUACGUCCCCAAGAGACUAGGACCAGGCUAUACGGUUCUCGUCGAACAAACCCCACCAGGGGCAUCCACGCCGAGUCCAAGUGACGAGCAGAGUCACGGAACAUGAUGAGAAAACCCGCACAGACUCAUAAUCAACUCUUACAACUAAGAAUUUAUUGAAACAUGCAAGGCUGCAAUGCAUGUAAUAACGUCGCCGCUCAAUUUGUGGCUGACACCACAAAACUGUCACUAACUGCAUCGUCGUCGUCCCUGUAUCGUUAUGCUGACAUGGUGAGCGAAAGAUGGGGGGCGGAGCCACCUGGUCACCGAUUGGAUUCGUCUUUGUCGAGUAUUUGUAUGUAUUGGCAAGAAUUGUUACAUACUGUUAGACGGGAUGUCACCCCCCAGCAAGAUGACUAUCUAUGGAGUGGUGAAAAUUAAGCCGAGGUUCUGUAGCAGCACAGCGUGACUGAACGUAUUCAAAAUGAAAUCUCCACUUUGUUAUAGCAGUCCUAGGCUGAUAUCUGUAAAUAAUGUACUGUUUUCACGCCAAGGGGAAAACCUCAUAAGGUUACAAACAAGUUGAUCACAAAAACCUGCUAGAAAUGAUUACACGUGUGAUAUGAACUGGUUACAUGUAUGUUUUUUUACUCGUGGAAUGGGCAUGAACGUUGCUAGCUGUGAACCGUCAGGGGUGGGUGUUUUUAACAGAAAUGAUGAAUUUCGGCCAGAGACAUUUUGAAUCACAUGCCUGCUCACAGAAUGUGCAUCCUCUCCCAAAUACACAUUUAGAAUCGGUUCCCAGCAAUCCAAAAUUGGCAUUUUUAUCCCAGCUGUUGCAGGAAUUCACUUGAACGUUUGCAUUCUACCAAUACCAGCGGGCUUGUCUCCAGCGUCACUCGUGUAGAGCUGAACAAAAGUAAUUUUCAGUGCUUUGCCCAUUCGUGUUGGCAAAGCUGAUUCGUGUUGGCAAAGCUGAUUCGUGUGGCAAAGCUGAUUCGUGUUGGCAAAGCUGAUUCGUGUUGGCAAAGCUGAUUCGUGUUGGCAAAGCUGAUUCGUGUUGGCAAAGCUGAUUCGUGUUGGCAAAGCUGAUUCGUGUUGGCAAAGCUGAUUCGUGUUGGCAAAGCUGGCCUUUUAAUAACCCAUUUUAUGUGCACUGUUGCCUGCAGCCCACUAAAGAGUAGGUCCAGUUGCCAAAUGUGUCUCACAAUGUAGUCAGUGCACUUCCAACUAAGGCACUCACUUGUCAACCAACGAGCCAGUGUGCCGGUCCUCUGUAUCUUUUUCAGUGCCAAAGUAGGGUAAUCCAUGAUGCAUCUUCAAAUCUAACAGCGCAUUGCCAACAUACGCAAUCUUUUGUGCACAUUCAACUAAAAAUCACAAACAUUGGUAGGGUGUUUGUACUUUGCACUUGUGGAAUUCACCGCAACCCUCGGGAUCCAAAGUUUAAGAAAGCGCAAAAGUUACGACAGUGCACAAAAAAUGUUGACUGUAGUGUCAUCUUUUAACGAUUCUUCAAAUUGUCAACUAACAGAUUAGCCUUGACCAUGGCAAAUUCAAGCUUUAAAUGUGUGUCUGCCUGGGCUGCAUUGCUACAAAUGAUAACAAUAAAAUUAACACUGUCAAUACUUUAUUUCUACAUCCGACCUUUGCAGAAAAGGUCUUGUGUAGCUAAUGGAAAUGUUCUAGUGAUCUUGUAGCAUUUAAAUCUAUUCAUCUUGA